UACAAUUAUUUGCCCAAGAUGAGAAGUGAGGAGACGAGAGAGAAAUAUUAUAUAUUCAUCGUUCGAGAUUACCACAAUUUGUGUAAUAAAGUGCGCAUAAGACGAAAUGGCAUUAUUCCGGGCAUUGCCCGUUGGAAUCGGGGCGACAUCCAAAAUCAUCUCACGGAGCGUUCCAGCUGUGUUUUAUCAUGUCAAUGUACUAGAUCACUAUGAAAAUCCGAGAAACGUUGGUUCAUUGGACAAAAAUGAUACACAAGUUGGAACAGGUCUUGUGGGAGCUCCCGCUUGUGGUGAUGUGAUGAAACUUCAAAUUAAAGUUGAUGAAAAUGGCAAGAUAAUUGAUGCCAAAUUCAAGACUUUUGGUUGUGGCUCUGCUAUUGCUUCGAGUUCUCUAGCGACAGAAUGGGUCAAAGGAAAGACGGUGGAUGAGGCAUUGGCAUUGAAAAAUACUGAUAUUGCUAAAGAGCUUUGCCUUCCUCCUGUCAAGCUGCACUGUUCGAUGCUUGCCGAAGAUGCAAUUAAAGCUGCUCUGUCAGAUUAUCGCAUUAAACAACAAUCAAAGGAGAAAGAGCCAAACAGCACGAGUUAAAAUUGAUUAUGUAAAAUUGAUUAUGUGAUAGUAAUAAAAAUAGAUAUAAUUAUUUUUCUCUUUUCAUAGAAAUUAUUUAUUAUUUUAAGAGUAUCAUACAUUAUAAUCAUUAUAUUUAGAGCUAGGGAAAUGACAUUCCUUAGUCUAUUAUCUCUUCUCUGAAAAUGUUUAUAUAUGUAUAUUAACAAGAUGACAAAAAUUGUACCUGUACUCUGUACUAUUUUGUUAGAUGAAAUAAAAUUAUUUAAUUAA